AUGUUGAAAGAUGAUUUUAUAAAAGUUAGGGAUGCUUUUUUUCAAUGGUUAGACAAUUCAGGCUCUAUCGGCAAGGUAGGACAUGAUAAAUCACUAAGUUAUGAAUCUGAGAUUCUUCAAAAGUCAAUAAUACCUCUUAUAAAUACUUUAUUUAAAAAAUUGCAACAUAUAUAUAUGGAUUUAGUUGAAUCUUGCACUACUCUUGAUAAGAAAGGAACAGUUAUUAUAUCUGAAGAAGUCAGAAAUAAGUAUACAUUAACCAAACAAACUUUAAUUUAUACAACUAGACUAGUUAUGAUUAUAUUCUCUCAAUAUAAUACAAACUAUAAAUGUGUUAGAUACCUACCACUUAAGUUGACUCAUGAGCUUCUUAAUUGUCCAAUGCUAAAAGAUAGUAUUACUUUCCGAAUUGACUUACUUACCUUACAGAAAAACGAAAUUUUGAUUGAUUCCCUACUUGAAGAGCUUAUAAAUAUACCAUCUAGUAUAACUUUCAAAUGUUUUCAAGCUCGUAAGAAAGUAACUAAAGAAUUAUCUAAUAUUACACAUCCAUUAUUACCUCUAAUGGCUAACUUAGAUUCUGAAACUUAUUUUACUGGGUUAUCAAAUAAUGAAGAAUCUAUAGCAAUUGCUCUUUUUAAAGUUAAAAAUCUUGUAUGCAAUUUAUCCAGACCUAUAGUAGCUUGGGAAUCUAUAUACAAUUGGUGGACAAAGUACUACUUGGAGAUAUUUGAAAAUAUUAUCAAUUUCCCUGCUGAAGAACUUAUCAAUUUACAAGUUUUUAAAAUAUCUUACCAACUAAAUAAUACAUCUUACAAUAUAUUAUUAAAAAAUGUUUGUAAAAUAUUUCAAUUAAACAGUAUUUUUGAUAAAGAAGCAUGGAUCUGGUCUAGUAUAUGUUUUGCAACUGGUUUUUUAUUGUUUGAAGAGUCAAUAAUAGAUGAAAGGAUAAAAUUUAAUUUUAAGAAACCUAAUUUGUCUAAUGAAUCAAUAAGUAUAGGCUUAAAAUUCUGUAUCUUAUCUCAUAUUUUGGAUAUAAACAAUUUUAGACCCACAUAUUGUGUUGCUCUGUUCUAUCUUAGAGAUUUACACUCAACAAAUAUAAUAAAUAGCUAUGAAUGGAUACAACGAACUUUAUCUAUUAAUAUAUGCUGUAAUGAUGCAUGGAUACUUAGUGCUCUGUUAUGGACUUGUCAAGAGGUGAGAAAAUCACAAGCACCUUUAGAAGUGGCAGUUACUCUUUUAAAAAAUUCAAAAUCAAAUUUAAUUAAUGUUCCUAUACAUUUUCUUUGCAUAGGGUAUCAAAUAUACCAAUUAAUUUAUCAUAAUUCAUUUAAUGAGGAAUUAGUUUGUAUUAUUAUUUCUAAUAUAGAAGAACUAAAACUUCUCUUUACUCAAAUUGAUGGAUUGUGGUAUCAAAACAAAAAUCUACCAUUAAUUCUACAUCCUACAAUUUUUUGGAUACAAAUAGCAGUCUGGUGUAUUGAAAUAAGAAAGUAUAUGUCUAAUUCUACUCAUAUAUGCUAUGAAAUUAUUCAGUUUUGUCUAGAAACAAUAUUUAAAACCAAACCUCUACUGAAAAUUCUAAUUUAA